UCUCACCAGCACAGAGCAGAGGGCAGGAUCACCUUAUUUUGAAUGGAGAAGGAAGAGAAGAAAAAAAAAAAGGAAGCUUUUCUUGAGCAACAUAUGGGACCUAGAAGAGGUCUCAGCCAAGUGCUUUUCCUUAUAGACCUGACCAAUCUACAUCAGCAGGUUCUGGUCCUGGAGAGUGCUGACAUGAGUCAGUCCAUACUGCUACUUCAGGACCCCAGGUCUCUCCCUAGUGGUUUACAAAUACAUUAUAGCUGUAGAAAAAUACUUGACUUCCUGUAUCUAGGAUAGCAGGAGUGAUUUUGGUGAUGAAAUUCCUUGCUUAGUUAUCCAACAAAGGAGUGAGAGGGGAGACAGGACAGUCCAAACUUUCCAGGGAAAUGAGCAAGUCCUCAGUAAGUCAUGUCCAGAUGUUUGUAACAUGGUGCUUUAGGGAUAUGGAAUAAUGAAGAGGAAGACAAGGACUGUUUUCUCAUCCUGAAACAAAUGCACAGUUAAUUAUAGGUGAAUUAAAGUUGUACAUUUUUAAAAUUACAAUUGGGUUUUGCAUGUGUUAAAACUACUGUCCCAUCUUUCCCAGAAAUUCUGCUGAUCCUCAUUUAGACAUGAGAUGGACUGAGAAGCAUUCAUGGAAGUAGCUCCAGGAAAACAAUGGGUUCAAUGAAUUCAUUUUAGAAGAAUGUCACUGUAAAUAUUGCUCAUGAAGAAUUCCAAAUUUAAAAAAAUCCUGGUGCAAGAAGCAGUUAUGCUUUUAAUAGAAUUUUGUUAUUUUAACAGAAAUAAAAACAAAUACUGACAUUUUUAUAAAUUCAAACACAAUUAGAAACUUUUAAUGGGUGACCAGACUUCUAAGCAUAAAUAUGGCCAGGUUGGAUGGGCCCUGGGCAUCCUGAUCUGGUAGGUGGCAACCACCCUAUGGCUGGGGGUUGGAACCAGAUGAUCUUUAAUGUCCCCUCCACCCUAAGCCGUUCUGUGAUACUAUCCAAGCUUCCUAUGUUGGGCUGCAAGGAAAUGAGAUCAGAAUGUUGGGACUAAGAGGGGAAAAAAGACAAAGGAAAAAAAAAAAGAAUCCUCAACCCCUUUGGUCAAAUAAAGGCUGGGGAGCAAAAGAAGCUGUUGAAGCUCCACCCCCCACAGGAAAAACUUUACAAGUAGACUUUUAAAGAAGUGAAAGGCACCAACCAUUCCUUGAGUCAACAGAAGUAGAGGUGGCCAUUCAGAGGAAAACUCCAAAGCUGCUCUUACAGGGCGUAUUGAUCAGAUAUGGGCCAAGCUGCAACGCAGCCAAGUACCGACUGGCAUGUGAAAGAAAAUGCGAGAGAUCACCACACAAGUAAAUUCUCUAGUAAAGAGUUGAUUGUGAGGAGAGGACAGGCCUUUGUUGUCACCUUCAAUGGAAUAGAACAGCCUGACAAAGCCUUAACAUUCAUCGUAGAAACAGGUCCAAAACCCUCCAAGCAGGCCAAGACCCAAGCCACAUUUGGUAUCUCCAGCACAGCGAGCAAAGAGAGUUGGAGUGCAGUUCUUCAGUCCACCAGUUCCCACUCUGUGAGCAUCUCCAUUUCCAGCCCAGCUAAUGCUGUCAUCGGACGUUACAAGCUGAGUGUUCAAAGUACUUCAAGUGGCAGCUCGUCUCCAGAAGUCCUUGGCACUUUUGUUUUGCUCUUUAACCCUUGGUCUUCAGGUGAUGAUGUGUUCAUGCCUAACAAGGCUGAGUGUGAGGAAUACGUGCUGGAAGAGUUUGGUAUCAUUUUUGCGGGCAACAAUCAUCAUAUCAACAGCUUUGGAUGGAACUUUGGCCAGUUUCAAGGAGAUAUCCUCAAUAUCUGCCUUGCCAUGCUGGAUCGAAGCUUGAAAUACCGUCAGGAUCCUGCCACAGAUGUAUCUCACCGAAAUGAUCCCAAAUAUCUGGGCCGUGUUCUCAGUGCAAUGGUCAAUGCCAAUGAUGACCAAGGGGUGGUACUAGGAAACUGGAGUGGAAAUUAUGAUGGUGGGAAAAGUCCAAGCAGCUGGACUGGAAGUGGUGAAAUCCUGCAAAACUGGAAGAAGUCAGGAUUCAGGCCUGUUAGAUAUGGACAAUGUUGGGUUUUUGCAGCAGUAUUAACCACAGUGCUUAGAUGUCUGGGGAUUCCCACUCGUACAAUAACAAAUUUCAGCUCUGCCCAUGAUGCAGAUGGAAACCUGCGUGUGGAUGAGUUUUAUGAUGCUUCUGGAAAUCAUUUGAAUGAGGGAGCUGACAGUGUCUGGAAUUUCCAUGUCUGGAAUGAAAGCUGGUUUUCCCGCCCAGACUUGGGACCUUCAUACAGUGGAUGGCAAAUUCUGGAUGCAACUCCCCAAGAAGAAAGUGGAGGAAUUUAUCAGUGUGGUCCUGCCUCAAGGAAUGCCAUCAAAGAAGGAGACGUAGAUCUGGACUACGAUUGUCCAUUUGUAUUUGCCGAAGUGAAUGCAGACUGUAUGUACUGGAAUUAUGAUGCUGCAACUAGAAAGAAAACAUUAAUAUUCAAUAAAUCUACAGUAAUCGGCCAAUUCAUCAGCACAAAAGCAGUUGGUAGAGAUGAUCGUGUAGAUAUCACCAGUGAAUAUAAAUACCAAGAAGGCUCUAAAAAAGAAAGAGAGAUUUUUAAAAAAGCCCGUAAGAAGCUGGGACUUGAGGAUAAGUUUGAUCCCACAGCACCAACACCAAAGGAAAUAGAACAAAAGCCUGAUAUCUCAGGAAAGUUUAAGAUGGCUGGUCCUUUAGAAGUUGGCAAAGAUCUCAACUUAAUUCUGGUUCUUGCAAAUUUACAAUCUGAAGCUAAAUCUGUUAAUGUAAAUAUGACUGCUUGGAGCACCGUUUACACAGGAAGACCAGUUCGUGAGAUCUGGAAGGACUCCAUAUCUGUUUCUCUGUCUCCUGAGGAAGAGAAACAUUUCCCCAUUAAGAUAUCUUAUGCUGAAUAUCAACAACAGUUAACUACAGAUAAUGCGAUUGAAGUAACAGCUUUAUGUCACGUGGAAGGUGGGAUUCAAGUACUGGUGCAAAGACACAUUGCUCUGGACAACCCUGCCAUUGACAUACAGGUACUCGGUGAGGCAAAAGUGAAUGAAGAAGUGGAUGUGGAAGUGGUAUUUACCAAUCCUAUUGAUACAGAAGUGAAGGACUGUGUGCUGCAGGUAGAAGGCAAUGACCUGCUGAGAGGAAUCCUUAAGAUAGAUGUACCACCACUGAAAGCCAGCGAGAUAUCCAGUACAAAAUUUAAGAUUACCCCUUUUGAGACAGGCUCCAAGCAUCUACUUGUUCAUUUCUCCUGUGAUAAAUUUGCAGACAUCAAGGCCUUUAAAACUGUAAAGGUGAUUGACUAACCAGAAGAUGCACAAUAAACGAUCUUUGUCCCCAGCAA